AUGCUGAAGGACCUCAUUGCCGCCGAAACUGUGGCGCCGGAAAAAUGUGCCGGCUGUGGCAUUUCCAUUCGAGACCGAUACUACCUCCUAGUGGUGGACCGUGCCUGGCACAACCAGUGUUUGCGGUGCUGCAAGUGUCUACACAACCUGGAAGCGGAACUUAGCUGUUACUCGCGGGAAGGAAACAUUUACUGCAAGGACGACUACUACAGGCAUUUCUCAGUUCGAAGAUGCGCUCGGUGUGGCAAUGGGAUCAGCGCCUCAGAUCUGGUCAUGCGGGCGAAGGAUCUCAUCUUCCACGUCAACUGCUUUUCCUGCCUCGUUUGUGGACAGUUGUUGCGCGGCGGUGAUACGGCUGGGAUACGCGACGGCCGUGUGUUUUGUGGCGACCACUAUGAGUCCGAAGUGUUAAGUGAACCCGAAACCAUUUCACCGCAGUUUUUCCCCGUAACGACGACCGGCGGUAUGAUGGUACAGUCGUCGCAGAAAGGACGACCCAGGAAGCGAAAACUCGCCACCCCGCAACCACCGGGGCUGCUAGACCCGACCGGCGGUUCGGUGCAGCAUCCCACCAACACCUGCCCGUCGCUACAGUCGACGCCAACGCAACCGCAAGCACCUCAAAUGCAGACACAACAAACGACACCACCACAGCCGCUCGAGGCACUCGAUGCUGGUACGCCUCUACGUUUAGAUCUGCUGCACAAGGAGCUGAGCGUGAACAGUUUGGAUCUGUCCACGUACGACGGUAGCCAAUCGCCCGGGUCAGGCGGUGCGCUAACGCCAAACUGUCGCACAAAGCGAAUGCGUACCUCGUUCAAGCACCAUCAGUUGCGCACGAUGAAGUCGUACUUUGCCAUCAACCAGAACCCGGACGCGAAGGACUUGAAGCAGCUGGCACAGAAGACGGGCCUAUCAAAGCGGGUGCUGCAGGUUUGGUUUCAAAAUGCCCGCGCAAAAUGGCGCCGAAACGUAAUGCGCCAGGAUGUGGGCAUGGGUAAUCCGGGCCAAACGCUCGGCGGCCUACCAUCGAUCGGUGCCGUCACGCUACACCACCACAGUGCCAACGGGCCGAACGAUCCGGGCAGCAUCGGCGAUCUGUCCUCGACGCAGGUCCUCGAGGAGAUGCACAACAUGACGUUUGCCGAGCUGUACUGA